CGUAAUAAUCAUAGUUAAUAAUCAUCAUUACUAAUACCGCGACCAAAUAAUGCCGACUAUUAAAUGCUCGUUCAGUGGCUGCGAGUCUAAUAUAAUCACCGAAAAUAAGUUAUCGUUUUUUCGAUACCCUAUUAAUGAUCGCAAAAGAUGCGAACAAUGGGUGAAAAACAGUGCCAACCAUAAGAUACGGGAGAUAUUUGGCCACAAUUUGCGUCAAUUGCGGUACAGGACUGUCUGCGAGAAGCACUUCUUCGCCUACGAGAUCAUCAGCCAUAAGAAUCGCAAACAAUUGAUCAGUUCGUCGGUUCCCAAGUACGCGAUGGUCGGACACAUGAGUGCGGCCACACCUGUACCCCCGACCGCAGCCAUCGCACAGAUAUCAACCACCGCUUCCACGCCAUCAUCGCUAGCCAUAGAUAACGCCAAUACAUUCAACCAAUCGCUGGCCAACAUAUCGUCGGUGAAUCGGCGCCUGUCGUCCGGUGCGGACAUAUCCGAUGAAUACGAGGACAUCGAUGACGACGACGACGAUAUAGACUCGCAUUCCUCCACAUCGGAGGACAACUUCAUCGACAAUAGUCUUCGCAAUUUGGAGCAAAUCGAGAGAACCAUAAACUCUAUACUCAACAAACAGUCGCUAGAAGUCAACGGUUCCGCCGGUGAUCAUCGAACCGACGCCCAGCCGUCAGACACCCGAUGCUCUGACCAAUCGUUUGAGGACAACAACGCCGAGUGUCAGGACGAAGAUCUGGUGGAAAAGUUGCUGAACUUUGAGCAGAUCCUCACCGAAAACGACGACAAUUUCGCUUCUAAUCUCAACUCAAUUCAAUCGCUGAUCAGUCAGUCGUUUGGCUCGACUUAUGGCCACCCGUUGGGAGGCUAUCACUCGAAACAGAAGCGCAAAUGUCUGACCAUUUCAGAGAAGUUGGAGAUAAUACGCGACUUCAACGACGGCAUGAAGAGGACGGACAUUAUGCGCAAAUACUGUCUGCCAUACCAGUCGUCAUUGUCGGCCAUUUUGCGCAACAAAGACAAAUACAUCGAGUAUAUCACCAAAGGGUUCGGUCGCGAAGACAAACUCAAACGAGUCAAGUCGCGCAGGGGUUGGGUUGUGCCGAAGGCCACACCACUG